AUGCUCCGAUUCGUCGACGAGAUUAGAUUCUUCUCAAGCUAUACCCAACAUAUAUGCAUAAGCAACAGUGCCGGUGAGGUUCUAGUCAACAUCUACCAGCUGCCACAAAGGAAUGUCCAUGUCAUUCUCAACGGAGUUGAUGAGACAAAGUUUGUGUAUGACCCAGAAGCCGGUGCGCAAUUUCGUCGAAAACAUGAUGUGCCCUACAAUGUCAGCCUAGUAAUGGGAGUUGCAGGGAGGUUGGUCAGAGACAAAGGACACCCACUACUCUAUGAAGCCUUCUCAUCAAUAACCAAGCACCAUCCUGGUUCAGGUCCAUGGGGAAGAAGGUAUGCAGAACUAGGCCUAAAUGUGAAAAUUAUAGGCGAAUUGAAUCCAUCGGAGCUGGCUGAAUUCUACAACGCCCUCAACGUGUUUGUGAACCCGACGCUGAGACCUCAAGCGCUUGAUCUUACAUUGAUGGAACCAAUGCAUUGUGGGAAGCCAGUUCUGACCCCAAAUUAUCCGAGCAUAACCGGAACAGCAGUUUUAAACUAA